AUGGCCGCCCUCCCCUCAAACGUCCACAUCUCCACCCACCCCUGCCUGCUGGCCAAACUCUCGCAGGUCCGCAGCGCCUCCACAACACCCAAAGAAACCAAGCUCCUCAUCCACGAGAUCUCGCUGCUCCUCGCCGCCGACGCCCUCGCCCGCGUCCUCACCGCCGUCCCAUCAGGAACCACAGACGUGACCCCGCUCGGCGCCUCAUUCGACGUCCAGACAUGUGCUCCGGCCAGUAUCACACUGGUGCCCGUGCUCCGUAGUGGGUUGGGCAUGCUUGAAGCAUUCGAGACCCUCCUCCCCGCCCCCGUCCCCGUCCACCACCUCGGCCUCUUCCGCGAAAAGACCACCCUCCAGCCCGUCGAGUACUACAACAACCUGCCCACGCGCGUGGCCACCAGCGGCGACGGCGCGCGGCCGUGCGACAUUGCAAUCAUCCUCGACCCCGUCAUUGCCACGGGCGGCACCGCGGAGGCUGCCAUCCAGACGCUCAGGGAGUGGGGCGUCAAGAAGAUACUCGUCGUGUCGGUGCUCGGGUCGGCCGAGGGCGUGCUGAGGGCGGCGACGGAGGGCGGCGGGGAGGAUGUCGAGGUUGUGGUCGGGGCCGUGGAUAGUGAGUUGGGGGGGAAGAAUGGGGGGAUGAUUGUGCCGGGUAUUGGUGAUAUCGGUGAUCGUUUGUUCUUGACGAUUGGGAAAUAG